CCUGCAGCAUCACGCUGCACUUCUGCAGCACUAACACUCACAACACAACCUCCAGAGAGCGAUUCACAAGAACACUCUUUACUAUUACCCGCUCGGCUCUCGGGCUUUAGCGACGGAUGCAAUUUGCAAGAUGUUUUGAUUUGCUGCAGACGUCAUCAAACGGAUCAUUCACCCUGAUAGUUUCGCCUGUCAAUAAAAGCCAUUCAUCUACAGAGGACUGCGCGAAUUAUUCAUAGAUCAGAAGAGAAACGCAUUGUUGUAUCUAAAGGCGGCUUUAGUGCAGCAUCGCAGGAUGGCUGAUGUCAGCGCAGAAUGCAACAUCAGGGUGUUGUGUCGCUUCAGACCCCUCAACCAGUCCGAAAUCCUCCGCGGGGACAAAUGUAUUCCCACAUUUCAAGGAGAUGACACUGUCAUCAUCGGGGGCAAGCCAUAUGUUUUUGACAAAGUCUUUCCCACGAAUUGCACACAGGAGCAGGUGUACAACACCUGUGCAAAACAGAUUGUCAAAGAUGUUCUGGAUGGUUAUAAUGGCACUAUUUUUGCGUACGGACAGACGUCGUCUGGUAAAACCUACACUAUGGAGGGAAAACUGCAUGAUCCUGAUGGAAGGGGAAUCAUCCCGAGGAUCGCUGAAGACAUUUUCAACCACAUUUACACCAUGGAUGAAAACCUCGAGUUUCACAUUAAGGUUUCCUAUUUUGAAAUCUACAUGGAUAAAAUCCGUGACCUACUUGACGUGAGUAAGACAAACCUGUCCGUGCAUGAAGACAAGAACAGAGUUCCCUAUGUGAAGGGCUGUACUGAACGUUUCGUCUCCAGUCCUGAAGAAGUGAUGGAUGUUAUUGAUGAAGGCAAAGCCAACCGCCACGUCGCUGUUACGAAUAUGAAUGAGCACAGCUCCAGGAGCCACAGCAUAUUCCUCAUCAACAUCAAGCAGGAGCACGUGGAGACCGAGCAGAAGCUCUGUGGGAAACUUUACCUGGUGGAUCUGGCCGGGAGCGAGAAGGUGAGUAAGACAGGUGCUGAAGGAGCCGUCCUGGAUGAAGCCAAGAACAUCAACAAGUCUCUGUCUGCGCUGGGGAACGUCAUAUCAGCUCUGGCUGAAGGAACUAAGACUCACGUGCCGUACCGUGACAGUAAGAUGACGCGGAUCCUGCAGGACUCUCUGGGUGGAAACUGCAGAACCACCAUGUUCAUCUGCUGCUCACCUUCAGCCUUCAACGACGCCGAAACCAAAUCCACACUGAUGUUUGGACAACGAGCAAAGACCAUCAAGAACACAGCGUCUGUGAACCUGGAGCUGACAGCAGAGCAGUGGAAGAGGAAAUAUGAGAAAGAGAAGGAGAAGAACAAGAACCUGAAAGAGAACAUCCAGAGACUGGAGGCGGAGCUCAACCGCUGGCGUAAUGGUGAAUCGAUCACGCCGCUGGAACUCAUGGCUGUGAUUCCUGUCGAAUCUGAUGUCAGUGAAGACGCAGCUUUAGACAAUCAGAGCAGUGGCGCAUGUGAACCAAUCCCAGAGGAAGACAAGCUCAAAUAUGAGGAAGAGAUACGCAAACUCUACAAACAGCUCGAUGACAAGGACGAUGAGAUUAAUUUACAGUGUCAGCUGGUGGAAAAACUGAAGGAGCAAAUGCUGGAUCAAGAAGAGCUACUAGCGUCGUCGCGUGGAGACAGUGAGCGCGUGCAGUGCGAGUUGAGUCGUCUACAGGCGGACAGCGACAGCGCGAAGGCCGAAGUAAAGGAGGUUCUGCAGGCGCUGGAGGAACUCGCUCUGAACUACGAUCAGAAGAGUCAGGAGGCCGAAGACACGAGAAUCCACAACAGACGCCUCAUCGAGGAGCUGUCGCACAAAACCUCGGAUCUGAUGUGUUUGGAGGCGGAGUUUUCCCGGCUGCAGGAAGUGAGCGGCCAGCAGAGGAAGCGCAUCACUGAGGUGUUGAACACCCUGAUGAAGGAUCUCAACGACUUCAGCUUCAUACUGGGAAACGGAGACCUCAGACUGCCGUGUGACCUGUCGGGUGUGCCGGAGGAGGAACACGCCGUGGUGUGCGUGUAUGUGAGCAAAGUCAAAUCUGAGCUGAAGUCGGUGGUGAAACGAUGCCGACAGCUGGAGGCUUUACAGGCCGACUGUCACCGGAAGAUGGAGGAGACCGGCAGAGAGCUGUCGUCCUGUCAGCUGCUCAUAUCACAGCAUGAAGCAAAGAUCCGCUCUCUGACCGAAUACAUGCAGAACGUGGAGCUCAAGAAACGACAGCUGGAGGAAAACUACGACUGUCUGAGUGAAGAACUCGCCAAACUACAGACCACAGAAAGCGCUCAGGAUAAUCCGCUGGACGCUGACGAGUCCACAAAUGUCAAGUCUCACAGACCUGCGGAGCAGAAAGCAGACGCUCACCGUGAGCCGCAGCACAAACAGCUCGGACGUCUGCGCGACGACAUCAACCACAAACAGAAGAUCAUCGACGAGCUCAAAGAUGAUAACCAGAGGCUGAAUCUGCAGCUGGAGCAGAUGAGCGUGGAGUUCAGCGUCCUGAAGAACCGAGAGCAGGACAAAAGUCGUCAGCUGGAGGAGCUCAGAUAUCUGCAUGAACGACAGGAGCAGACCAGACAGGACAUGAAGGGUCUGGAGGAGACGGUCGCUCGUGAACUCCAGACGCUCCACAACCUGAGGAAGCUGUUUGUUCAAGACCUCACGGCUCGAGUCAAACGGAGCUCAGAGCUGGAGCCGGACGACAGCGGAGGAUGUUCGACACAGAAACAGAAGAUCUCCUUUCUCGAGAACAACCUGGAACAGCUUACAAAGGUUCACAAACAGCUGGUUCGUGAUAAUGCAGAUCUGCGCUGUGAGCUUCCCAAACUGGAGAAGCGUCUUCGUUCUACGGCGGAGCGCGUUCGUGCGCUGGAGGACGCGCUGAGAGAGGCCAAAGAAGGAGCCAUGAAGGACCGCCGGCGCUACCAGCAGGAAGUCGAGCGAAUCAAAGACGUCAUGAGGGCCAGAAACGCUUUCAGACGGCCUCACGCUGCGCUCAUCGCCAAACCGAUUCGCCCAGGACAUUACCCCGCCUCCUUAUCCGCCAAUCACAUGUUCACGCGCAGCAGGGAUCAGCCAAUCACGUUCAGCAAUGCGAUGUUCAACAGCGCCACUGAAAAACCCAAAACCACAAAAACUGAGUCCAGCUUCACCAACAAGACGCUGCCAGACGACGAGAGACACACGAACGCCUCACACAAACUCAACAUCACCAACGGAAACGCCACAGAUGUGAAUGAAAACAGUGUGUGUCACUCAGCGUCCGUCAGCGAUGAAGCAUCAGAUGAUUUCCAGCACAAACACAACCUGCAAGAGCAACGCGCCGCCAGCUAAACACGCAUAGGCGAUCUGUUCUUCUGAAUCCUCCUCUGUAUAUUUGCAUGUUGCCUGCAGAUCCAGUGAUGAAUAUGAACCCGUCCGCUCACUCCAACCCGUCAUGUAACCUCAGAUCGUUGGGUUUUCAGACUCUGAAUGAGCAGCGAUGAUGAAACUGCGAACGACGCCACGAGCAGAAGAGUUUAUACGCGAGGGCGAGCAGUCGUUAACGAGCGGCUCGUUCUCAGAAAACAACACAGUUUCUGUCAGAACAUUUCAAUAACGUUUUCAUUUUGCAUUUUCUUUGCAAGGCUUUUUGCUGAACUUUCAGACUUUUAGAUUAGAGGGCAACAAAUGUGGGUUUUCACUGACUCUUAAACUAUUAUUCACAAGUCUUACCAAUAUCACAUAAUCACUCUUUUUAAUUGUACGUACUUAAUUUAAUAAAUUAAUUUAAUUUAAUUUAAAAUAAAUGAUUACCAUGCAUUGAUAAAUGUGGCCAAAUUAAAUUAUUAAGUUCAGUUACUUUAAUUUACAAUUAAAUUAAAUCAAUAAUUGAAUUUAAUAAUUUAAUUUAACUUGAAAAAUCCUAUAAAAUGCAUUGAUAAAUGCUGCCAAAUUAAAUGAAGUUAAAUUACUUUUAUUUAGAAUUAAAUUAAAUCAGUAAUUGAAUUUAAUAAUUUAAUUUAAUUUGAAUAAUACUAUACAAUGCAUUGAUAAAUGUGGCCAAAUAAAAUGAAUUUAAUAAUUUAAUUUAAUUUAAUUUAAUUUAAUAUAUUUAAUUUAAUUUACAAUUUAAUUUUAAAUAAAUUAUUAAAUUAAUUUAAAUUUAAUUUAAUAAUUCAGUUUAAUUUUAAUAAUCCUAUACCAUGCAUUGAUAAAUGUGGCCAAAUUAAAUUAUUAAUUUCAAUUACUUUAAUUUACAAUUAAAUUAAAUCAAUAAUUGAAUUUAAUAAUUUAAUUUAACUUGAAAAAUCCUAAACAAUGCACUGAUAAAUGUUGCCAAAUUAAAUGAAGUUAAAUUACUUUUAUUUAGAAUUAAAUUAAAUCAGUAAUUGAAUUUAAUCAUUUAAUUUAAUUAGAAUUAUCCUAUACAAUGCAUUGAUAAAUGUGCCCAAAUUAAAAAUGAAAUUACUUCAAUUUAAUUUAAUUUAAUUUAAUAUAUUUAAUUUAAAAUAUAUUUUUUAAUUAAUUUAAAUUUAAUUUAAUAAUUCAGUGUACUUUGAAUAAUCCUAUGCAUUGAUAAAUGUGGCCAAAUUAAAUUAUUAAGUUCAACUACUUUAAUUUACAAUUAAAUUAAAUCAAUAAUUAAAUGUAAUAACUUAUUAAUAAUUUAAAAAAUGCUGCCAAAUUAAAUUAAGUUAAAUGACUUUAAUUUAGAAUUAAAUUACAUCAGUAAUUGAAUUUAAUAAUUAAAUUUAAUUUGAAUAAUCCUACACAAUGCAUUGAUAAAUGUGGCCAAAUUAAAUGAAGUUAAAUUACUUUAAUUUAGAAUUAAAUUAAAUCAUUAAUUGAAUUUAAUAAUUAAAUUGAAUUAGAAUAAUCCUACACAAUGCAUUGAUAAAUGUGGCUAAAUUAAAUUAUUAAGUUCAAUUACUUUCAUUUACAAUUAAAUUAAAUCAGUAAUUGAAUUUAAAAAUUGAAAUAAAUAUAUGUACGAUAAAUGGCAGUGUUUCCUGAGAACGACCCAGAAAGAGGUCCGUAUGAUGGUGUUAGUCAUUGUCAAUAUUAAUGUGAUGUUAUGAUGAAAUUCUGUAGCUAUUUUUAUGUAGCUGUAACUAUUUUUAUACUCAUAUUUAAAUGACAGACUAGCUUUUGUUGGCCGGUGUGUUUGGUAUGCGCUGAUUUGUACGCAUUAUUUAUGUUAUUAGUAUCGUUGUAUAAAGAAAACAAUUAUUAUUUUACCAAAUAACAACAAACUCUAGAGACGUUUGACAUUAAGAUGACAAAAGAUGAAUUAUAUUAACAUUUCUAAUCAAACCUAAGUAGAUUGGAUUGUUCCUACAGUCAGGAUUUCAUACAGUUUACAGUUUAUAAACUCAGAUGACGUGUGAUCAGACACUCACAUCGGUCAUUGUGACCUCUGAUCACAUGACCUAGGGUCUGGCUGCUUUGAGAUUGACCUUUGACCUGUCUGCAUAUCUUGAUCUGCCAGUCAGGAUGAGACGGAGUCAGUCUAUGAGAAAGAAAGAAAGAAAAUAGGUAACAAUUUAAAGUUUCUGUGAAAGUGAUUUUAGCCAUUCUGCACCUUAAAUAAAUAAAUAAAAACAUUUUAGCCUAUAUAUACAUUUUAUUAUAUUUUAAUAACUAGGUAAAAAGUAUAUAUAGGCUUUAAGUAAAGUGUUGCAGUUUUUGCUUUACUUUUCACAUCCGAUAAAGUAGAUGACUCUGUGAAGACUACACGCAGCGCUUUAAUGGAUUCUCACGUGGCCGUUUUCUGCAUCUCGUACCAUCGGCCUUCAGCUUCUGCUGGGAAAUACAGUUAUGUAAGAUCUCAUGCUGUUAUUCGCCUAGUUUUAAAAGAGAUUCUGCGUCUCGAGCCACAUCUAAAUGUGAAUAAUGCUGGUGAGGAUCUGUAUGUCAGUGCACAUGAUGACGGACUCAAGGAUGUGUGUUGUAGUUUGUUUUUUGUGGUUGGUUUUUGUAGUGCAUGAUGGACAAACAGGCCUGUCACAGAACUUGCCAUUAAAACGUUUCAAUAAAGAGAAUCCAGUCCAUGCA